AUGGGUUAUUCGACAAAAUAUUUUUUGCUGGUAAUAUUUUUAUCUAUCUAUCUAUCUAUCUAUCUAUCUAUCUAUCUAUCUCAUUAUCUAUCUAUCUAUCUAUCUAUCUAUCUAUCUAUCUAUCUAUCUAUCUAUCUAUCUAUCUAUCUAUGUGUGUAUUUGUGUGUGGGAGGCGAUGAUGGUGUGAUAUUGGGGCGCAUUGCCUCUUUUAUAAGUUUAAAGGAAACUGUAAAGAGAACUUUUAUCUAUCUUUCAUCUAUCUAUCUCCAGUUUUCAUUUUUAUUUCCAUCUAUCUAUCUCAGUUUUCAUUAUCUAUCUAUCUAUCUAUCUAUCUAUCUAUCUCAGUUUUCAUUAUUUAUCUAUCUAUCUAUCUAUCUAUCUAUCUAUCUAUCUAUCUCAGUUUUCAUUAUCCAUCCAUCUAUCUAUCUAUCUAUCUAUUUAUCUAUCCAUCUAUCUAUCUCAGUUUUCAUUAUCCAUUCCAUCUAUCAUCUUUAUCUAUCUCCAUCUAUCUAUCUAUCUAUCUCAGUUUUCAUUAUUUAUCCAUCUAUCUAUCUAUCUAUCUAUCUAUCUAUCUCAGUUUUCAUUUAUCUAUCUAUCUCCAUCUAUCUAUCUAUCUAUCUAUCUAUCUAUCCAUCUAUCUAUCUAUCUCAUCUCAGUUUUCAUUAUCUAUCUAUCUAUCUAUCAUCUAUCUAUCUAUCUAUCUCAUCUUCUAUCAUCCCUAUUUAUCUAUCCAUCUAUCUAUCUAUCUAUUUUCAUUAUUUAUCCAUCUAUCUAUCUAUCUAUCUAUCUAUCUAUCUCAGUUUUCAUUAUUUAUCUAUCCAUCUAUCUAUCUAUCCAUCCUUUCAUUAUCUAUCCAUCCAUCUAUCUAUCUCAGUUUCCAUCCAUCCCAUCUAUCUAUCUAUCUAUCUAUCUUUUUCAUCUAUUUAUUUAUCUAUCCAUUUAUCCAUCCAUCCAUCUAUCCAUCUAUCUAUCUAUCUCAUUUUUUAUUAUUUCCAUCUAUCUAUCUAUCUAUCUAUCUCAGUUUUCAUCAUCUCAGUUUUCCCAUUUUUCUUAUCUAUCUAUCUCCAUCUAUCUAUCCAUCCAUCUAUCUAUCCAUCUUCCCAUCUCAUCUUUCAUCCAUCCAUUCAUCAUCUAUCUAUCUAUCUAUCUAUCUAUCCAUCUAUCUAUCCAUCUAUCUCAUUUCAUUAUUAUUUCUCCAUCCAUCCAUCUAUCUAUCUAUCUAUCCAUCUAUCUAUCCAUCUCAUUAUCUAUCCAUCUAUCUAUCUAUCUCUAUCUAUCUAUCUAUCUCUAUCUAUCCUCCCAUCUCAGUUUUCAUUAUCUAUCUAUCUAUCUAUCUAUCUAUCUAUCUCAGUUUUUAUUAUCUAUCUAUCCAUCCAUCUAUCUAUCUAUCCAUCUCAGUUUUCAUCCAUCCAUCCAUCCAUCUAUCUAUCUAUCUCAGUUUUCAUCCAUCUAUCCAUCCAUCUAUCUAUCCCAUCUAUCUAUCUAUCCAUAUCCAUCCAUCCAUCUCAGUUUUCAUUAUUUAUCUAUCCAUCCAUCUAUCUAUCCAUCUAUCCCAGUUUUCAUUAUUUAUCUAUCAUCUAUCUUCAUCUAUCUAUCUCAUCCAUCUAUCUCAUCUAUCUAUUCUUCUAUCUAUCUUCCAUCCAUCUAUCUAUCUAUCCAUCCUAUCUAUCUAUCUAUCUAUCUCAGUUUUCAUUAUCUAUCUAUCCAUCUAUCUAUCUAUCUAUCCAUCUAUCCAUCAUCCAUUCCAUCUAUCUCAGUUUUCAUUCUAUCUAUCUAUCUAUCUAUCUAUUUUCAUUAUCCAUCUCUAUCUCUCAGUUUUCAUUAUCUAUCUAUCUAUCUAUCUAUCUUUUCAUUAUCUAUCUCUAUCCAUCUAUCUAUCCAUCUAUCCAUCUAUCUCAGUUUUUCAUUCAUUAUCUAUCUAUCUAUCUAUCUAUCUAUUAUUUAUCUCAUCCAUUUUCAUUAUCUAUCUAUCUAUUUUUCAUUAUCUAUCUAUCUAAUCUAUCUCAGUUUUCAUUAUCUAUCUAUCUAUCUCUCUAUCUAUCUAUCUAUCUCAGUCUUUUCAUCCAUCUAUCUCAUCUAUCUAUCUAUCCAUCUAUCUAUCAUCCAUCUAUCAUCUUUCAUUAUCUAUCUAUCUAUCUAUCUAUCUAUUAUCUCAGUUUUCAUUAUCUAUCCUAUCUAUCAUUUUUUUCAUUAUCUACCUAUCUAUCUAAUUAUGUUAUCUAUCUAUCUAUCUAUUUAAUUAUGUUAUCUAUCUAUCUAUCUAUCUAUCUAUCUAUCUAUCUAUCUAUCUAUCUAUCUAUCUAUCUAUCUAUCUCAGUUGUUCAUUAUCUAUCUAUCUAUCUAUCUAUCUAUCUAUCUAUCUAUCUAUCUAUCUAUCAAAAUAUGGCCUUUGUUCAUAUCUAUCUAUCUAUCUAUCUAUCUAUCUAUCUAUCUAUCUAUCUAUCUAUCUAUCUAUGUUCAUAUUAUCUAUCAUAUCUCAUCUAUUGUUCAUCUAUCUAUCUAUCUCAGUUUGUUCAUAUCUAUCUAUCUAUCUAUCUAUCUAUCUAUCAAUCUGAAAUAGAAUUGCAAAGAUGCAAAAGACACGCGGACAUCAGAGCGUUUUAUCUCUCUCGCUUUAUCGCUCACUCGCUCUACGUAUUUCUAUCUAUCUAUCUAUCUAUCUAUCUAUCUAUCUAUCUAUCUAUCUAUCUAUCUAUCUAUCUAUCUAUCUCAGAUUGUUCAUAUCUAUCUAUCUAUCUAUCUAUCUAUCUAUCUAUCUAUCUAUUUAUCUAUCUAUCUAUCUUAGAUAUAAUUGAAAAGAUGCCAAAGACAGGCGGAUAUCAGCUUUCAUUAUUACAUCUAUCUAUCUAUCUAUCUAUCUAUCUAUCUAUAUAUCUAUAUAUAUAUAUAUAUAUAUAUAUAUGGCAAUUCUACCUGGAUUCUAUCUUCUUGGGAAUCUGUCUAUCUAUCUAUUCAUCUAUCUAUCUAUCUAUCUAUCUAUCUAUCUAUUGA